AUGUUGAUUUUUCUAAUUUUUGUCGCCGUUUGUUCGGCAUCGCGUCAUGUAGCACCGAAUUCCAAAUGUUACUCUCAAUCGUUUGACAAAGCUGUCCAAAGUGGUUCCUUUAAGACACCCGGCUUCCCCAAAGGCUAUCAACCCAACUGGGAAUGUGUGUUCGACAUACAGCCAUCAGAGCAACAAGCGGUUGCGUUGACAAUACAGUACUUUUCUACAGAGCAGUUCCAUGACUAUGCCACGAUAUAUCAUCUUAUCAACAUUGAUGGUCAGGUCAAGGCGGUCAAACAUGCCGUGUAUGUUUUGUGGAAUUUUUAUGUUUUAAAACUUUUGAAUUUGAAAAAUUCAAAAUAUUUUUUAAAAAAUUUUAAGUAUGUGUAUUUGGCCGAUUCCAUUCCAGACUAACUGGUACCGAUGUUACCCAAACCAGAUACUACUCUCAAGACGGUGGUGGCCUCAGAGUGGUCUUCAAGUCUGACUUCUCAGAAUCCGAUUACGCUGGUUUUAUGAUGGAGUUCAGUAGAUUCGACUCAGCUACUAGACCAUCUAAAGUGUGUCCAUCUAUUUUUCACACUGCUACAGAGACGCUACAAGAAGUUAGUGUAGGAAACAGAACACACGGCAUCUACUGCGUGCUACAGAUCAACUCAACAAGUGCAAUUGAGUUGAAUGUAAACGAACUAAACUCUUAUGCAUCGAUUGAAGUUUACGAGACUGAGAACUUUAUGCAAGAAGGACGACGGAGCUCCAAGGUUUUGUCAAGGUAAAAUACAGUAUUUAGCGUCAAUUUAUUUUGCAAUUUCUAAAGUAAUAUAAAUCAAAGCAAUGUGCGUUAAGUUUACAGAAUAGUUACUCACCUUAAGCUCCAAUACUUUCAGAUUGAAUGGAAUAUUGCACGACUUUCUACCGUUCCAAAUUGUCAGUCGGACAAAUUCAAUUACAAUAUCAAUGAAGAAGGUUCAAUCGUACAAUAUCAGCUUUAAAAAAGUCGAAAGUCGUACGUAAACUUUUAAAAUUGAUAAUUUUAUAUCUUCUUUUUACCUAAUCUUUCAAUUUUCACAUUUUUUGAUAACAACAUAUUUUUAAUUUAAAAAUUUUAAAUUUUUUAACCAACUAUGGUCAUAUAUUAUAGCCUGUUCAUGCAAAACAGAAACCUUUGACUUGACAGCCGGCUCGAAAGACUACGUUUCACCUGGAUGGCCCAUUGAAUACUGUGACAAUUCCAAUUGUACUGCACAUUUUGUCGCCACUUCAAGUGGCCUAAAGCGGAAUGACAUCAGAGCAAUCAGAUUCAAGUUCAACGAAGUCGAAAUGGAACCAAGCCAUGACUUCCUGUCAUUUUAUGAAGACGACCUGUUACUUAAAAAGUAUAGUAUAAUACAAAGCUUUCCUAUUUUAAUAUUGGUCAAACGAUAGAGCGUACGAGUAAUACUGAUACUCGUACUAAUAGUAAAGUACAGUAAUAAUCUUACAUUUCAGAUACUCUCCAAACCAAAUGUUCGAUGACAGUCCUCUUACAUACUUUACUGUGCAGCAUGACAACGCGAUGGUAACUUUUCAAUCUGAUGUGUCGCUCAGCUACAAAGGCUUCAACAUUACUGCGGAAGCCAUAACAGUACCAAAGGAUUGUCGUUGUCCCAGCUUAGUGAAUAACAAAAUUGAAUUCAACAUCAAGGCUUACUGUAAAUACCUUGAUUGCUUCUGGGGAUUGAUUCCACCGCAGGAUAAGGUAAGUUUGCUUAUACUAAUCUCUUGUCAUAAAAUUAUUAUGAAUAUUAGUAUUAUUAGCUAGUUACAGUAUAUAAAAUAUUUAUUUAUCCAGAAAUAUAAAAUACGACCGAUCCGCGGUCUAGUUGUUUAGAGACUUCUUAGUUUUUGGCCAAAUCGGCCUACCUAUAAACAGUUUUUGCAAGAUAAAAAAGACCUUCUUUGUUCUGGCCCGGUUCUAUAUUUUUGUAAACAUGUUUUUGUAUUUCUUAACUCGCAACUUCGCGACACUCUAUAAUCUAUGGUAUGUACCAUUAAGAAUACUUACAUUGUAUUUUUUUUGAAAAUCAACUUACUUUAUAAUAUGACUGUCAUACAUGGCUAUGCUCAUGAAUAAGUUAUCAUUACCAUAAUAUCAUAAAACUGAUUCUUAUCAACAAAUUCUUACAGUCAGCCGAUUACCGCGUAAUCUUCAAAACCGAAUUCUGGCUUGACGACGACAACGAGUUUGUAGAAUUCUUCACCGACUUUCCCGACCACUUUGGCAGUCAUAUUAUAAAGUAAGUUGAAUUUAAAACAUCACUUACACUUUUAGGAACACCAAACUUGUACCCGAAAUGUCGCUUGGUGAUCAGCCAACGAAGAAUAGAAUCGUUAUACCUACUGAGGAUGUGGCCAAAAUAUGGUAUCACAGAGAGAGCGACGUAGUGGACAGUAGGGAUCACUACUUGAGUAUGGAAGUAGAAUGGAAAGAGCGUAUGUUAACCUUUUGUUACACUUUUAUACAAAUGAGUAACAAGAAUGGUGCACAUUGUAUUAGACAAUAAAAAAGCUGUUUAAUAUACAUCACUAGGUUUUUAACAUAAACAUCACUUCUUCAACUUAUAGGAUGCGUAUGUCCACCAGCGACACUACAAGCCAAAGAAGACUGGCAAGAGUUGACUUCUCCAGACUACCCUGACCCAUAUUGUGAUGGUAUGAACUGUACCCAUGUCAUUGUGGCUCCAAAAGAUACGAUCGUUCAGCUGAAUGUGACCCUACUUGAUUUAGAAAUGAAUCUGGAUACAGUGACAAUAUUUGACGGAGAUUCUGUCAAUGCGACUAAAAUCGACCAGUAAGUGAAAAUCGUCGGCAUAUUGAUAGAAUCCCUAGAUUGGAAAGUACAUGUUAUCAAUUUCCUUAUUUAUAGUAUGAAACACAGCAAUUAAGCCUUUUAAAAGUUGAUUAUUUUGACUUCUUGCUGUUUUUACCGUAUCUAUUAUACUUUUACUAUACCUAGUAUAUCUAUUUCAGACUCUCCGGCCUGGAAUACUUUACCAAUUACAUCCAAAGCUCGGAUCGUUUUAUGACAUUGUACUUCAAGUCCGAUCUGAGCAUGGCUACCGGUGGAUACGUACUACAUUAUCGCUGCAGUAAACCGGAACAUCCGACGUCGUCUUUCACAGCGUUCCAUGCUUUCGUUGGCGUGCUUGUUGUAGGCAUUAUUGGAUCACUAUUCGUUAUAGCCAAGAAACAUCGCUUUCAUGAAACAAUAUUUGAAACAGUUGGUGUUGAUCAGAGGUGAGACUACAAUAAUUUAACUUUAAAGUAGUACGAGACAAUAAGCUCUUGCGAAAAAUUUUAAAAUUUUGGAAGUUGAAAUAUUACCUCAAUUAUAAAAAUUAAAAGUAUCAGAUUGAUGUUACCUAAACACCAAUUUUAGACUACUAUCAAUGAACUCUCUAAUACAAUCCGUACAAGAAAUGACAGGUAACAGUAACAAUAACAACCAGCCCAGAGAUCCGUUUGCUAACUGA